GUACACUAUUUUCGAAUUUCACGAUUAUAAGGGACAGAGCGCGUCCUCCCUUGUAAACUCAAUACAGUACGCCUACUUUUGUUUUUAAAUACAAAGUGUUAAAAUGGAUCAAAUAAAUUAUGUUGGGUUAGUUUAAAAACGAAAAAAAUGCUUGAAAAAAAAAAGAAAGGAAACCCGGAAGAGUGACGUCACAAUUUGGGCAACCACCGGCACGCUUGUUUCAGGCCGCACGGCGUGUUUUCGUAAUUAUAUCCGUGAAAUUAGCUUUCAUCGCAUCAUGGCUUCAGAAGACAUCGCCCAGCUGGUCGAUGCUCUUUCCGAAACCCACUUAGGGGAUGGAGAGCUAAGCUAUAAAGGCUUGGGAUUGAAGCUAGACAAUGUGGAGUCAGUGGAAGAGCUGGUCCAAGAGAUCGAACGGUACCAGCAUUUGAGAGCUUUGCGCUUGGAGGGAAACACAUUGGGAGUGGAUGCAGCCAGAGCCAUCGCCAAGGCACUGGAAAGUAAAGAUCGGCUUCAGAGAUGUUACUGGAGUGACCUUUUUACUGGAAGAUUACGCUCUGAAAUCCCAAUAGCUCUGAAAUCCUUGAGCGGUGGAUUGAUGAUCGCGGGUGCCCGUCUGACCGUGCUGGACUUAAGUGACAACGCUUUUGGACCAGAUGGCGUGAAGGGCAUCGAUCAGCUGCUGAGAAGCACCUGCUCCCACACGUUGAGGGAGCUGAGGCUCAAUAACUGUGGAAUGGGAAUCGGGGGAGGAAAAAUCUUGGCAGAAGCACUGAUGGAAUGUCAUAGACAGUCAUCGGAAUCAGGAACGCCACUCGCGCUAAGAGUAUUUGUUGCUGGGAGGAACCGCUUGGAAAAUGAAGGAGCAAGUGCCCUGGCCAGAGCUUUUCAGUUAAUGGGCAGCCUAGAGGAGGUCCACAUGCCCCAAAAUGGCAUCAACCACUCGGGCGUGACUGCUUUAGCAGCGGCCAUGCGGCAUAACAAAGAUCUCCGCGUGCUCAACCUCAACGACAACACCUUCACAAAGAGGGGAACGCUGGCAAUGGCUCAGGCUUUGGGGCACCUGAGGAACGUCCAAGUGAUCAACUUUGGGGACUGCUUGGUACGAUGUGAAGGCGCCAUCGCCCUGGCGGCUGUCCUCAGAGAAGGCUUGCCGAUCCUUAAGGAGCUGAAUCUGUCAUUCGGUGAGAUCACGGACGCAGCGGCUCUCGUGGUGGCUCAGGCGCUCAAGGACAAGCCUCUCUUGGAGAAAGUGGAUCUGAACGGAAACUGGCUGGGUGAGGAGGGCUGUGAGGCUCUAAGGGAAGCGAUGGAGUGCCAGGAUAAAGGAGAUAUCCUGGCUUCACUCAGUGACGAUGAGGGAGAAGCCGAGGAAGAUGACGAACAACACGACAACAGUGACGACGAGGACGACUUAAAGGAAAAUGGAACAACGGCAAACGAAGAGAGUCCUUCGAAAGCCCAUUGUCCGGAAGAAGUCUUCUCUUUUCUGGACUGCCCGUCUACGGAGAAGCUUCUUCAGCUGGGAGAGAUGAGGAAACAUCUAUUACCAGAGGUGAACAUUUUGGAUCUACAGAGGGCUGUGGAUGUCCUCCUAAAAGUGGCUUCUUUGUAUGGCAAGGAACCAGAAGCCAAGGCUAUUGUGCUGGAAACCUUUGACAUGCUGUUAAGAAAGCUCACUGGUUCAACUCUUCAGGCGUACACUAUCUUCUCCACGCUGCUGGUCCUCAUAGGACUCCUCAAGGGAGAAGCCAGGAGCAAAAAGUUGCCACCCAGCCCAGGCCUGGUAUUGUGUUUGGAGCACGCGGUCCAGCAGAACUACUUCGCCCAGGAUCACGCCUUACUUCUUCACACCAUCCUGUCCAAGAACCCCAAAGCCCUCAAGUCAGGCAGAAGUAGCAGCAUAGACAAGUUAAGUUCAGCACUGGAGAAGAAACUCCUGGAUUAACCACCCGCAAACUCACUGGGAAAGUCAAGGCUUCAAUCACCACUUAUUUUUAUCCAUUUGUACAUUUUGUGAAGGCGUGUGUAUUCAUUCAUGCUAGGGUUUUAUAUUUUUCUAGAACAUCCACAAAUACCAGAAAAGGGAGAUGUUUAUCGAGAGGAUGUGGACGUUUACAAGCAACUGGCAGCUUUUUGUUUUGAAAGCGUGCACUUUUGCAAGGGAUUCUCCUCAUUUUUUUCAGGUAUUCCCACAGUCAGCUCGGGAAUUUUGUUGACAGCUUAUUUGAACACCAUACAAAUAAGAACUAAUUAAGCACAUUGAACAAUGUAAGUCGAAAAGUGAACCAAUUCUGUAUGAUUGUCGGUGUCAGAUUUUUUACCUCCGUGAAGUUGGCCCCACCAAUCAGACACGAACCUUUAUUGAAAAAAAAAAAAAGUCAAUCGUUUGUGCUACUUUUGUACUGUAAAAAGUUUUGUUUAUGCUGCUAUCACUUUUAAGAUACUAUUACUUACAAUUCUUUUAUUGGUCAAUCUGAGGUCAACCAGCCCCUCAUUUAGAUUAAAAAUGUCAAAGAGUCAAUCGUUUAUGCUUCGUUUGUGCUGUAAACAUUUUUGUUUGUGCUAUCGUUCUAUAGAAAAUAAGAUAUUAAUUUCAAGUGAUGACAUCAUGCAGCCCCGCCGAUGCGGCCGACGGAGCAUACCAACUCUCAAUAACAGAGGGUUGUCCCAACAACUAGCGCAAACAUAGUCUUAACAAAUGACAACCCGUCGAGUUCAUUUUGCAGUAAAAGGACAGCGGUGAGUCACGUCAUCACUGAAAAUUAAUAUCUCAAGCCCCACAUUUACUGCAAAAUAGACCCAAAGUGGUGCCAUUUGUUUAUGCGAUGUUUGCGCUAGUUGUUGGGACACCCCUCUGUUAUUUAGAGAGUUGGUGCGCUCCGUCAGUCGCGGGAAUUGGAUACGGAAAAGUUGCGAGUGACAUCACUCGAAGUUAAUAUCUCUUUAUCUAUAAAACGUCAGCUGCACAAACAAUUGACACCAUUUGUAGCCAUUUUUAAUCAAAAUAGGGGGCUGGUUGACCUCUGAUUGACCUAUAAAAGAAUAGCACAAUAGCAGCACAAAUGAUUGACAUGAUUUUUGUUUUGUUUUUUUACAUAAAUUUGUGUCUGAUGAGGGGCCAACUUUACAGAGGUAGUUUUUUUUUUUUUUUUUUUUUUUUGAGGGUGCUCACUUAACUUGGCCACCAUUGUUAUAAAUGGAAGUUAACAACCACAUGAUGCCACUCGCAAAGCUGUAAUGUAGCAUAUUUAGACCAUAUUUAUUGGUCUAUCACAAACACAUGAUUGGCAGAUAGCCGAUAGGUUUUCUUGUUUUCCACAUUUGGAAGAAGUUUGGAAGUUGCUAUAUUUUUUUGUUUUUCAUACCGACAUGGUGAGGAUUUUUUUAGUUUCUCCAUGGAGAGUAAAUCUAGCCUUAAACGACACAAAUUCAGUGUUGCUUCUGCCUUAUUUGAUUUGUGAAGCUUGAAACUUGAAAAGAAGCCCGGCAGGUGUUGUCAUUUAUCAUCAGUCUUAAUAAAAAAUAAUUACAUUCCACUUGGGGCAGUUAUGAUGAC